UCAAGUGCCCUGCUGUGUGCCUGCUGCCAGCACCCACGGAACGCCGAUCCUGAGGGUCAUGUCUGUGGUGGCCACCUCCUGUUGACCGUCAACACACUUCACACUCUUUUUCCUUCUCCGACACAUUUUUUCGCACACGCACAAUUGUCGCCCGGCCUCGGCCAUGAGGGACCUCUCCUCAUCGCUGUGCUUCAGGGCCGGCAAGCUCGCACUCUCAUGUCUACUACUCGCGUCAUCACACAUCCUCCCAUCUGCGAGCGCAUUCAGCUUCACAUCGAUACCCUCGCCUAAUCUCAACCUUGACGGCCUCGGUCGCGUUGCCUUCGCCGGCAACUUCGACUCAAUAUCUCUCUACCAGUUUGAAGGCCAGAGCGAAAAGUCUGCCGGAUCUAAUGGUGCCCUCCUUUCGCGGUUUCCCAAUGGGGUAUUCGCCCCCCUCAACAAUACCGAUGCUGACAUCAAGGCAAUGUGCGCCUUCCAAGCGAACGGCACGCUGCAGGGGAUCGUCUUUGGAGGAAACUUCACGAGCGUUGGAGAGACACACACGCCUGGCGGCAUCGCAUGGCUCAAUGUGACCAGUGGCCAGGUCUAUCCCUUAACGGGCUUGAAUGGCACUGUCAAUGCUCUCUUCUGCGACCCGGACGCCGGGCGAGUCUACAUCGGCGGCUCUUUCACCGGCGGCGGUGCAAGCAAUGCCAUCGUCUGGACUACCCAAUGGACAAACAUGCCCUUCUCUGGCUUCAAUGGCCCCGUCAACUCUAUCACAAAACUCAAUGGGAACAUAAUAUUUGGAGGAAAAUUUAAUGGGCUUGGUAAUUCGACUGCGCCGAAGGAGAACAACACACAAGUCAUACCAAUUGGAUCCGCAAGCAUCUCGGCUCAGACCAGCUCUGGCACUCCAGGUUUUACCGAUCCAAGCAGUAUUGUCUGCAAGACUGGCACAACCGAUGGCACCAGCAAUAAUACAUGGCUUUUGGCGGAUAACACGCCUGGCUUCUGGAAGGCCGAAUUUGCCUUCGGAUUUGAACCGUCGAAACUCCGGCUGUACAACACGAAGUUUGAAGGUCGCGGAACACGCGAAUGGCGAUUCACUGCGUUGCCGGACGGAGGCAUUAUGAAUUUCUCCUACAUCGACCCAACGUCUGGGACACAAAAAUUCUGCGAUGCCCGAUGUCCCCUACCCGAAAACAACGUCACGGCUCAGGAUUUCCACUUCGUCAACACUGUGGGCAUGAAUUCCUUCAGGCUUGACAUUUCUGGUUUUUAUGGGAAAGGUGGCGGCCUCAGCGGUAUCGAGCUAUUCCAGAAUGAAAUCUUCUCCUUCGCGAUCAGUAACUUCAACGAGCCAGCCUGUGAUGGUGUGAGCGUGGGGGCGAAGUCAACCGCCACGGGUCCAUGGCAGACCACACCAUCCCACCAAAGUAACGCGAACUACCUCAGCGCCGUCCUCCAAGGGAAUCCUGUCAAUCAAAGUGCUGCGCAGGUCAUUUUCACGCCCGACAUAAGACAAUCCGGAAACUAUUCAGUCACUGUUUUCACACCGGGCUGUGUCGGCGACGGCACUUGCGGAAACCGCGGGAGGGUGAAUAUUACGGGGACUUACUCCCAGACAACCUCGUCUGCGGACGGACCUCGUACUACUGAGCUGUUUCAGACCAACAAUUUCGAUAAAUAUGAUGAAGUCUACAGGGGUUUCGUCGAUUCUACGGAUAGCUUUCGCCCUUCGGUUACACUGACUCCGAUGGCCGGUCAAACUGGCCCAAUAACAAUCGUGGCACAAAGAGUCCGUUUUGAACUUCUUACGGCGGCAUCCGGAAACCUGAAUGGUAUCUUUGAAUACGAUCCCAGCAAGCAGGACGUUAAUAUUAACUUCCGGGAGUCGGUGAUCGAUUCUGCUGGAGCUAGUUUAACUCCCAGGGACCAGGCCAUUGUUAACUCGGUUGUUACGGAUAAUAGCUCUUUGUUUGUGGGUGGUAAUUUCUCCGGUAAUGGACUGAACAACAUCUUCUCUAUCCAAAAGGACGCGACGAAGGCAACCGGCCUUCCCGAAAAUGGGCUCGACAGCGAAGUUCUCACCAUGUUCUUGAAUGGUACCACGAUGUAUGUCGGAGGCAAUUUUACGAAGACUCAGGACAACAAGACACCCGGGCUUCAGGGCAUUGCGGCCUUCUCGACAAGCGACAACAAAUGGCAGGCUCUCGGUGCUGGCGUCAAUGGUGUAGUCAUGUACAUCGUUCCGUUUCCUCUGAACAUUACUGGCAAUCGUCCCGAAACCGUUCUAGGAAUCAGUGGCGUCUUUUCUCAAGUCAACCAAUUUGGAAGCAAUGCCUCGUUUGCUGCACAGAAUUUUGCGAUUUGGGUGCCCUCCCGAUCGAAUUGGUUGCACAACCUCAAUGUCGGUACCAUCUCAAUUGAGGGUGCCUUAACUGCUUUUACUGAAGUUCCUGGAUCUGACCCGCUGUUUGGUGGUUCGAUUAACUCCCAAGCGUUGGGUGCAAGCGGUGCGGUGGCUUUGGAAUCUGGAAACCCCUUAUCGCUGGAACAGUUCCCCGUAGCCAUUCAACCUCAGCAAUCGUCCCAAGGAUCUCUUCAGAAGCGGGCAACGACCAAUGGACAGAAUCAGACCGGAGUCAUCGCUGCAACUUUCUACAAGGGAACCAACAACAAUAUGAAUAAAACCAUUCUCGCCGGCCAUUUCAAGGCAACCGACUCUGACGGCAAAAAUAUCACCAGCCUACUUAUCAUUGAUGGAAAAGACUCGAAUAAGAUCACCGGUCUGCAUGAGGAGAUUAGUUCGGAUUCUACUUUCCUGUCUUUGGCAGUGGUCAACAACAUCCUGUUUGCUGGUGGGGCCAUUUCUGGGACCGUUAACAACAAGGGGAUCGGUGGACUUUUAGCCUUCGACCUUUCAAGCAACAACUACGUUAGUACGCAGCCACCAAGUCUCAGAGGAACAAAUGUCACCGUCAACACCAUCGCUGCUAGGCCAAAGUCCAGGGACGUUUUCGUUGGAGGAAAUUUCAAUUCAGCUGGCGACCUGAGCUGCCAAGCCCUUUGUAUCUGGAAUACCGAUCGCAACCAGUGGGUCUCGCCCGGUGGUGACCUCGGGGGCUCCAUCUCGUCCAUGGCCUGGGUUACGGACACGAAACUCCUCGUGGCAGGCAAUCUGACAUCAGGCAACAACCAGACAAAGAUUCUCAUGUAUGACUCUUCGAAGAGCACGUUUCAAGAGUACGAUGGAGCCCGAGAUCUUCCAGGUCCAGUUACUGCAAUUUGUCCCGCCACCAGCGACGCGACUGAAAUCUGGGCUACCGGCCAAGCCAGCAACGGUUCAGCUUUCCUCCAGCGAUUUGGUAAUGACAAGAAAUGGCAUCCUGUCCCAAACCUAUUUGGCUCGGGCACCACCAUCCGAGGUAUUCAGGUCCUUUCGUUGGAUAAACAGCAUGGAAAAUCGGAUGUCAUUGACCAGGGACAAGAUCUUCUGAUCCUUGGACAAGUCAACAUCACCAAUUUCGGUACCGCAUCUGGUGUGCUUUUCAAUGGCACCACUCUGCAACCAUUCCUCCUAUCAACGACUUCUCAGAACACACCUGGUAGCUUAUCACAAGUAUUCGUUGAGAACCCUCAAUCCUUCUUCAAGCAACAAAAGAAGCACUUGUUGGUCAUCUACGUCGUCCUCAUCUCUCUUGCCAUCGCUCUCGCUAUUACCUUCCUCUUAAUCGUCGCUGGUAUCUUAAUCGAAUCGUACCGCAAGAGGAGCAAAGGUUACACUCCGAUGCAGAUGUCAUAUCCUGAUCGGUCCGUCAACGUGAGUCGAGUGCCACCUUCAGAACUCUUCGCUACUCUUCGCGGAAACCGAACACCGGCGAUUUGAGAGAGAAGAGAGGCAUUUGAGAGUGGAAGAUGACCACUCAACCUUGUACAAAGCUACGUUUCUGAGCAAGUAAGUUAUCCAUGCCCUUUAAUUGCCUUUGCCACCUCCCUGCAUCCUAUGCCUACGCCUAUGCCUAUGAAUUCGGUGAAGAACAUGGACACCAAAACGAAAAGAUUCUGGGAGCACGCGGGACUGGACGGCGUUUGCUUUCGGGGAGUUUUAUACCAAGCCGGC